AUGGAGCUGAUGAUAUGUUACUCAUCGACCUGCCGGAUCGCACUGCAAGCCAAGAGCACAGAUCCAUUGACUUGGCAUAAAUUGCACUCAUUGUUACCAAAAUUACAUGAGCAUCUAUCUUGUCAGGUAUGUCAUAAGCUGGUCGACCGACUUAAUCCCUAUUUAGACGGAUAUGCAUGUACAGUGUGUGUGAAUUACCAGAUAACCGAAACCCCGUCGGGCACAAUAAUACAAUGCUACAAAAAACUAUGUGCUUAUAUACAUAGCUCGCCACUGUAUAAAGUGAUGAGCACAAGAGUUGAAGACCAACGGUUAGUCGAAAUAAUAACCGAAGUUAUUGGUCUACCUCGAUCAGUUAAUGGUUACAGUGGAAUGGGAAAUGGAACAGUGAUUAAACAAGAAAUAAAAGAAGAGGAAAGUGAAGAUGAUAUGACGUUAAUGGUACAUAGUACAAUGACUAAACAAGAAAUAAAAGAAGAGGAUAGUGAAGAUGAUAUUAUGUUAAUGGUAAAUGGUACAAUGACUAAACAAGAAAUAAAAGAAGAGGAUAGUGAAGAUGAUAUUAAGUUAAUGGUAAAUGGUACAAUGAAUAAACAAGAAAUAAAAGAAGAGGAUAAUAAAGACGAUAUUACUUUAAUCUCGUCAUCAGAUAUUCAAUUGCCCACUGAAAACCAAACAUCAGGGGAUUAUAUUAACUACCAAUUAUUUGAUGUACAAUCCCAGAAACCCAAAAUCCAAAAUCAAUCUGUAUUCAACAAUAUUCCUAAAAAGAAGAGAAAUGAUCGUCGUUGGGGCUGUCGAUGUGGUAAUGCUACAACUACUCCUGGCAAGCUAACAUGUUUUGGACAGAGAUGUCCCUGUUAUACAGAACAAAAAUCUUGUGCUCAAUGCAAAUGUAGAGGGUGCAGAAAUCCUAGACGGAACAGGUCCAAUAAUGAUGACAACUUAGAAAUAGAUCAAAUACGUAGGAAACCAGUUACCUUAGAAUUAGUAUCUUCACUCAAGCCUUCUUCCCAUAAUAAUAGCAAUACGGCAUUUAGUUCUUAUACAAUGCAUGAUAUGUUACAGUUUUCUUCACACAGUCAAAAUUUCGAUCAAGGUGGGACUGAAGACAAUCUUGGACAUGUGAACUCUAUUUUCCAUUCUCCUUGA